AUGCGUAGUGGGAGAGCUUUGGGACCAGAUGAGAUUCCGGUGGAGUUUUGGAAGCAUGCGGGCCGUGGUGCGUGGGUUUGGUUAACCAAACUCUUCAAUGUUAUCUUUCGGACAGCAAGGAUGCCUGAUGAGUGGAGGGAGAGUCUCUUGGUCCCCUUGUUUAAAGGUAAAGGUGACAUUCAGAGCUGUGAGAAUUACAGAGGCAUCAAACUCCUUAGCCACACCAUGAAGGUUUGGGAGCGAGUCAUUGAGUUUAGGGUGCGAAAAGGGGUAUGCAUCUCUGAGAACCAGUUUAGUUUCAUGCCUGGCAGAUCGACUACAGAGGCCAUUCACCUCGUGAGGAGGUUAAUGGAAGAGUAUAGGGCUAGGAAAAAGGACCUUCAUAUGGUGUUUAUUGAUCUUGAGAAGGCGUAUGAUAGGGUGCCAAGGGAG